AUGAUCUUCCAACAACCCGUUGAGGAUCUGAUCGUCGAAAACGAUCGCGUAGUGGGCGCCGUCACCCAAAUGGGCCUGAAAUCCGCGCCAAGGCGGUGCGGCGGCCGCGCCGGGGAUCCUCCUUCAAUCUCGCUGUCGCAGCGCCUGCGAGACUGCCGCUGGCGGUUAACGCUUGAAAACCGGUACGCCGCCGCGCAUCGACGCUCGCACUAUCGAUUCAGCGUACUGGCGCCACAACACGGCGAUACGCCGUUGCCGGUAUUCUCGUUCUUGGGCGAUGCUAGCCAGCACCCGGAACAAAUGGCGUGCUACAUCACCCAUACCAAUGAAAAAACCCAUGACGUGAUCCGCAAUAACCUCGAUCGCAGCCGAUGUAUGCCGGGAUCAUCGAAGGGAUCGGCCCACGUUUACUGCCCGUCGAUCGAAGACAAGGUCAUGCGCUUUGCCGAUCGCAACGCGCACCAGAUCUUCCUCGAACCGGAAGGCCUGACCAGCAACGAGAUUUACCUAACGGGAUCUCCACCAGCCUGCCGUUCGACGUGCAGAUGCAGAUCGUCCGUUCGAUGGAAGGCAUGCAGAACGCGCAUCAACGGCACUACCGGGUAUGAAGAAGCCGCUGCGCAGGGCCUGCUGGCCGGUUUGAACGCCGGGCGCUUCGCCGACGAACAGGAAGGCUGGGCACCACGUCGCGAUCAGGCUUAUCUGGGCGUGCUGGUGGACGAUCUCAGCACCCUCGGCACCAAAGAACCGUACCGGAUGUUUACCUCAGCGCCGGUAUCGUCUGAUGCUGCGCGAAGACAACGCCGAUCUCCGCCUGACGGAAAAGGCCGUGAACUGGGCCUGGUGGACGAUGUGCGUUGGGCGCGUUACAGCGAGAAGCUGGAGCGAAUCGAACGCGAACGUCAGCGCCUGCGCGACAUCUGGAUGCACCCGCACGCCGAGAACGUCGAACAGGUCAAUGCGCUGCUGAAGCGCCGUUGUCGCUUGACCGGCACCGACGUCUUCGCGCCGCCGCUGGACGACGUACAAGCUGCCGAACAGGUCGAGAUCCAGGUCAAAUACGAAGGCUACAUCGCUCGCCAGCAGGAAGAGAUCGAAAAACAGCAGCGCAACGAGAAUACCGUGCUGCCGUUGAUCUCGAUUACCGUCAGGUUCGGGGCUGUCGAACGAGGUGAUCGCCAAGCUGAACGAUCACAAACCGAACUCCAUCGGCCAGGCUUCGCGUAUCUCCGGCAUUACGCCGGCGGCGAUCUCGAUUUUGCUGAUCUGGCUGAAAAAGCAGGGACUGCUGCGCCGCAGCGCAUAAAUCUCGCAUCCAGGCGGCCGUUUGUUCAUCCCGUAGCCAAACGGCCGCUGACAUCACUUGCGCCCUGA